AUGUGUUUCUUAGUAAAUUGUCUAAAACGCUUUAAAAGUUCACAACAAUGGUUAAGUCGUCAAAAAUCUGAUCCUUAUGUUGAAAAAGCCAAAGUAUAUAAUUACAGAUGUCGCAGUGCUUUCAAAUUGUUGGAAAUGAAUGAGAAAACAAACAUUCUCACACCAGGGUUAACUGUCAUUGAUCUUGGGGCAUCUCCAGGCUCUUGGACUCAAGUUGCUGUGCAGAAAACAAACUCUGAUGGUGCUGACAAAAGUAAACCAAAAGGGACUGUGUUAUCAAUUGACAAACUUCAAAUUUUUCCAAUAGAGGGUGCAACAAUUAUGAACAACAUGGAUUUUUCAACGAUUGAAGCACAUGAUAAAGUUGUGGAGGUCUUGAAUGGCAAGAAAGUAGAUUUAGUGCUGUCUGAUAUGGCCCCAAGUGCCACUGGUAUAAGGGAAUUAGAUAAAGAUAGAAUAAUAGGCCUUUGUUAUAUGGCUAUAAGGUUUGCUGCUCUAGUCACUAAAGUGGAUGGUACUUUACUGUUCAAAGUUUGGGAUGGAAAGGAAGUGCCCAUAUUGGAAAUGGAUUUAGAAAGGUUCUAUAAGAAAAUAAAAAUAUUGAAACCAAAAGCAAGCAGAUCGGAUUCUUCUGAAAAAUUCAUACUUGCUAAAGGUUUCAAAGGCAUCCAAAGGCCAUUGGAAAAUGGACGCUGGGGC